CCUUUAAAUGUAACAUUUAUGCAGAGGAAGGCAGGCCGUCUCACUGGGAGCUUUAGAGGUUAAUGUCUGGUGGACAAGGUUUAGCUAGCAGAAAGAUUGGCUUAUUCUCCAGUACAAAGGUCUUAUUAAAUACACAUGAGUCUUGCAAUUCGCCACUUUGAUGAUAGGUAUAAAAGCAGGGAAUCACAGGGAGAAGGAGAGAGGUAGAUAGAAGGGGAUUAAAGCCUAUUCAGGGAGAUCUAGAACCUCAAAAAAGACAGGGAGAGUUCAGACCUGACCACACAGUGGACAGACAGACAGAGCAGCAGGGCGAUGUUGGUGAUCAGCGAGGUUUUAGUAGCUCUGCUCAUCUCUCUCUUGGUUGUGCAAUUUCUGAAAAUGAAGUGGGCAUGUAGCCGGCUUCCUCCUGGACCAACUCCCCUCCCCCUCAUCGGCACCAUAUGGCAGAUGGAUUUCAAACGCCAACACGAGAUUUUCAUUAAGUUGGCACAGAUUUACGGGAACAUCUUCACCUUGUGGAUUGGACAUAUUCCUGUCAUCAUACUGAAUGGAUUCACAGCUGUGAAGGAUAGCCUGACUGUCCACUCUGAAGACGUCUCUGGCCGGCCAGCAACCCCUUUUUUUCAGAAAAUGGCCGGAGGAAAGGGUAUUAUUUUCACAAGUGGUCACACCUGGAAGCAGCAGAGACGCUUUGGGCUGAUGACCCUGCGGAACCUGGGACUGGGCAAGAAAGGCCUGGAGCACCGAAUCCAAGAGGAGGCUCGUCAGCUGCUGGAGUACUUUAUGAAUGAGAGAGGAGAUCCCCUGGAUCCUUCUUUCCCCAUCGUCCAUUCAGUCUCAAACGUGAUUGCGGCGGUGGUGUUUGGACAUCGCUUUUCCAUUGAGGACAAAGAUUUCCACCAGCUGAUUGAAAACAAUGAUUACUUGACCAAACAAGGGAGCAGCAUCAGCGAGCUGCUGUAUGAUAUUUUCCCCUGGCUCAUGGAUCAUCUCCCAGGCACUCACCAGAAGGUAUUCUGUUGCCAUGAGUUUCUCCGGUCUUUUGCAAGGAAGGAGGUCAGAAGCCACCAAGAGCGUGGGUCACCAGACGAACCACAAGAUUUCAUUGAUUUCUACCUGGCUCAGAUAGACAAAAGCAAAGCUGACCCUCAUUCGACCUUUGAUGAAGACAACCUGGUCCAGACUAUUUUUGAACUUUUCUUCGCAGGCACAGAAACCACAGCUACCACCAUGCGCUGGGCAGUGCUUAAUAUGGUGGCUUACCCAGACAUCCAAGAGAGAGUCCAGAAGGAGCUGGACGCUGUGCUGGGUCCCUCCCAAUUAAUCUGCUACGAGGAUCGGAAGAACCUGCCCUACACCAAUGCCGUGAUACAUGAGAUCCAGCGCCACAGCAGCAUCGUUGCAGUGGGAAUUCCCAGAGAAUGUGUAAAAGACACAGUGCUGCAGGGCUUUCCCGUUGAGAAGGGCACCAUUAUUCUCCCAAACUUAAUCUCUGCCUUGCUCGACCCAGAACACUGGGAGACACCUCGACAGUUCAACCCAAAUCACUUCCUGGAUCAGGAUGGAAAUUUUGUGAACAAAGAAGCUUUCUUAGCAUUCUCAGCAGGGCACCGUGUGUGUUUGGGGGAGCAGCUGGCAAGGACUGAGCUCUUCAUCUUCUUCACCAACCUGCUGCGGGCGUUCACCUUCAGGCUGCCGGAGGGAGUGAAGGAAAUCAACACCGAGUCCAUGCUGGGGGGUUUCUUGCAGCCUCAUCCCUAUAAGAUCUGUGCUGUUCCUCGCUAGGCUGCAGCACCCCGCCAAGCGCGGGAGGAGCCAUUAGGCAGGCACAUGCGCCUUUGUGAAUUUCCGCCUUGUACCUCUUCCCCUCUUUCUACUCCCAGCUUUGAGACGGUGUCAGCU